AUGGCUGUCCACCAGAAUGCGGACGGAAGGCGAGGCAGUGACGGUGGCGGAGGAGAGAUCUCCGCGGCGCUGCUCUCCGCAAUCCUCCUUCCUCUCUUGGCCGCCGGAUCUGCAACUGCUGAGCGGACGCCGGCAAACUGCGUGGAGGUGCUUGUGGGAGUGGCCCCUUGCUUGGCCUUCCUAGCGGCGCCGCCGAUCAACGAGUCCUCGGCACCAUCCUCAGCCUGCUGUGCCUCCGUUGCCGCCUAUACUGAGGCAGGCGGAAGGAGAGAUGAUGCCGGAGAGGGAGAAGGUGGCGGCAUCGCCUGCCUCUGCCACCUGCUCCGCCGCCCUGGCCUGCUCGGAUUUCCCAUCGUCGCCGCGCGCGUUCCUUCUCUUUUCGUUUACUGUAACUCGCCGGACGCUGUUGGAUCACCCUCCCCUGAUGCCGCCGCUGGGUUCAGAGCUCUCUGCGAUGGUCCGUGUGGCGACGUCUCAAGCCAUGUCCUCCAUCUUCUUAUGGAUUCUUCUGUUUUUCCGCUCUGUUGUACGCCUGCUCUCUCUAACGAGUGCCGUUUCCCCUGUCUAGGCCCAAGCCCUGUCCCGCCCUUCCGCGACAGCCCUGCAGGUACGAUCUAGCCGCGAGUCACGGUUCUAUGACUGAAUUUAAAUUGUUUCAUGAAAUGGCUUCAAGAUAA